AUGGAUGCGAAAGCAGCCUCGCUACAGAAUGUACUGAUCGAUGGCUCUCCGUACAAUGUUAAUGUAUGGGUCUCAGCUAUUCAUCCAAAGGGGCACGAAUUUGCAGCAGCAGGUGCGGACUUGUCGCCGGCUAUAUUUAGUGCAGCACCGAAUGCAUUUGGCAAUGCUUUGGGCAGGUUUAGCAUGGAAGAUAAAGCAACUGGAUCUCACGCUCUUUCGCUCGCAUAUAACCACGACGGAUCCGUGCUGGCUAUGGGAACAAACACGGGCGAUGUUUUCCUCUUUGAUACCGCUUCGCGUGAGCAAAUUGCAGUGAUUUUUGACCAUGCACUACCCGUGCGUGCACUCCAUUUCAGCGCCCCAGGCUCGAUGUUUGCGGACCAUUUGUUUGUUGGGUCUGACGAUGGGACGACAUCGAUGCACGAUGUAUCGAUGCUGCGUAAUAUGCAUACAACAAGCUUCGUCACCCUUUUGCAGGCGAACCACGGCUGGAUCCUGGAUGCGAAGGCGAGCGCCGAUGGCGGCAUCGUUGCGACGACUUCUUCUGAUGGUGUACUGCAGCUCUACAGUCUUGCUACAAUGCCGAUUGAAAGCGUAGCUACAAUGACACAGCCUAGCCCGAUAUGGUGCCUAGGUUGGAAGCCGCAACAGGGCGUGAGUGAGGAGCAGGACGCGCUGUCUAUGCAAAUGCUCCCACAAGGUGCGGAUAUCAUAGUCGGUGAUGAGGACGGAUGCUUGCGGCGCUAUCGAAAUGCAGGCACAAGCAGCUCCAUGGACGCGUAG